CAGCCUCCGGAGUCAGAUUCGAGUCAUAAACUUUACGCACAGGUUCCCUUUAGAGACACAGCAGCCCAGAAGGACCAGAAAGGCAAGGCUUAACGACGAAAACAUCUUCUCAUCCAAGAGAAAUUCUGGCUUGAAGAGACGUUUGAAAACCUUUUUUGUGGUUUUUCAGCAAAAUGCAAAUAAGAUUCUGUUUACUUUUUUUAAUAAUGUCUUUGGACAUCACUCUGAGCCAGAGAGACUGCACAGGUGUAACCUGCCCUGUCCUGCAGAAUUGCAUCGAAUCAGUUUUAGAGAAUGGCGCCUGUUGCCCAAAAUGUAUACAAAAGGGUUGCACGUGUGAGGGGUACUCGUUCUACGAUUGUGGGCUACAAGGCUUCAAGCAUGGUAAAGUGCCAGAGGGAGAAUCCUACUUUGUGGAUUCUGGAAGCACUAAAUGCUCUUGUCCCCAGGGAGGAGGCAACAUAACCUGCCUUUAUAUGUUUUGCCCCGACAUACCCCCGAAUUGUAUUGAAGUUUUACAACCUGAAGAUGGAUGUAAACAAUGUGGGCGUGUUGGCUGUGUCCAUGGCGCCAAGAAGUACGAGGCAGGGCACUCCUUUCAGUUAGACCAAUGCCAGGUUUGCCAUUGUCCAAAUGAAGGGGGCAGGUCAGUGUGCUCCCUGAUCCCUGGCUGUGACCUCCGCACUGUUAAUAACCCCACAUGGGCAACAACCACUGAAAAUAACAGCCCUGUGAGAGACAUUAACAGAGGACGUGACCCUCGACUGACAAGCCUUCUUGAACCGUUUUCCAAGUUUGCAAUGGCAAACUCUCUCCCACUUUAUAAGGAGGACCCACCCAGUUUUGGCUCAGAUUAUGACGACAUGCUGCCAGAACCAACAACUUCCACUUUUCAAAAUCUGGCUCAGUCACAGGAUGCUUCUACAGUUCCUUUAACUUACCCCGAGUCCAGCUCCUCAAUCUUCACAUCUCACGACGGCAAAGCAAAUGAGCUGAAGGAAACUGAGAAACCUCGAAGCACAGAAAGGACCAGAGAGAAUGACCAGACCCAAGGCUUGGAUUCAACCACGACUGGAGCUGAAAGCAGUUACUCACCAUCAACAGCAAGCACAGACACAGUCGCAGAAUUUACAGACAACCAGAAUUUAAAGCAGGGAACCGAUAAAAGGCCCCUGAGACAUAAUAUGCACAGAGAUACAGGUCAUCAGAAACACAGGCAGCGAGGCCACACCAGGCAUCUUAGUGAAACCUAUUAUGCCAGCCGCACUGAACAAGAGACAGCAUCAAUGCAGCACAAGCUUAGCAAACAAGAACAUGGUUCCUACCCCACAGUCCUGUUUAGUCCCACCAGCAGAGCUCCAGUCAGGAUGAGAGAGGAGCCUCAAAGACAACCUCAAACCCUCGACAACUACGGCUCACUGGAUGAGGAGGAAGACGCAACAGCAUCUGUCAAAGACCUGGUGAGGAGCUGCUGUGAGGCUGGGGAGAAAUGGGCUUCAACUAAUCACCACUGCAGCAACAUGAAGCCACCCACGUAUGACAGGCGUGCCAUUUGUCGAACCGCCCAACAACAGUGCUGCCUCGGCUCUCUGAAAGAACGCCAGUGCUUGGCGGGAAUUGAAGCAGCCAGAGCAGGAAAUUUCUGUGGAGAGGAUGCCAGCAGUAAAUGUGGGACAGAUUCCUACAAGCAGGAGUGCUGCAGUUGCUGCUCCCUUGGGCUGCAUUUCCAAAGAGCCGGCCAUGACUGUGAAGCCCACCACUACCUGGGUUUCCACUGCCAACACGUCUUUCUAAACUGCUGUGGACAAGCUGAGGGGAGGCAAACAGUUAGAGACAGGCCUGCUGAGGACCAGACUCUGCAUCCAGUAAAAGUAUCAGACAGCCCAUAUCCUAAAGAGGCCUUCUCCAUUGGUGAGGAGCACGAUGGUGAGAAUACUGUCGAGGGACCUGUUCAGGACAUGGAUAAGUGCCUGAUGUAUGAGAACAUCUGCCAGCACAGAUGCAUCAACACGCCCGACUCUUUCCGCUGUGAGUGCCGCCCCGGCUACGUGCUGCAGGAGGACGGUACCACUUGUGAGCGAGAGACCAACGAUGAGGAGAACAGACUGAAGGAGUUUGAUCGAGCAGGAGUGGAAACCCCCUCUCCACUUCCUCCUCCAACCCAGCCUUCUGUCCCACUCAACCCCUGUGAAGGAAGCAACAUCUGUGAGCAACAGUGCACCCCAGUGGGGGGAAGGCCCCAGUGCUCCUGUUUCUCAGGAUUCUCCCUCAGAGCAGAUGGACGUUCAUGCGAAGAUAUAGACGAGUGUUUGUCUGCACAUGCCUGCCAGUCUAACCAGCGCUGCGUGAACACGAGGGGGAGUUACAGCUGUCAGAGACUGAUCACCUGCCCGCCUGGAUACCGCAUCAACAAUGACGUUUGUGAAGAUAUUGAUGAGUGCAUGAUGGGAAGCCACAACUGUGGAGCUGGGCUUGUCUGCAUGAAUACAGAAGGUUCAUUCAGGUGCAACUCCAAACCUCUCUGCCCUGCUGGCUUUAAGCAGGACACUGUGGGAAACUGCAUAGAUAUAGAUGAGUGCGCUACUUUGACCCAGGCCUGCAGUUCAGGAUUUACCUGUGUCAACACAGCAGGGUCCUUCAUCUGCAACAGGAAGAUAAUAUGUAGCCAUGGCUAUCAUGCCAGCCCUGAUGGAUCCAGAUGUGUUGAUGUAAAUGAAUGUGAGAGUGGCCUUCAUCGCUGUGGAGAGGGACAGCUGUGCCACAAUAUGCCGGGCUCUUACCGAUGCGAGUGCCAGACUGGGUACCAAUAUGAUUCAUUCAGGAGGAUGUGUGUAGAUGUGAACGAGUGUUGGCGCUACCCUGGCCGUCUUUGUGCCCAGACCUGUGAGAACACCCCAGGCUCCUAUGAAUGCUUGUGCACUUCUGGUUUCCGCUUAUCUGCUGAUGGCAAGAACUGUGAAGAUGUGAAUGAGUGUCUGGCUAGCCCGUGCAAUCAGGAGUGUGCCAACAUCUAUGGUUCAUACCAGUGCUACUGCAGAAAGGGGUUCUACCUCAGGGAGGAUGGGCACACUUGUGAAGACAUUGAUGAAUGCUCCCAGGGAAUUGGCCACCUGUGUUCCUACAGGUGUGUGAAUGCACCAGGCAGUUACCACUGUGCUUGUCCUGAAUAUGGAUACACCAUGUCUCCAAAUGGACGAUCUUGCAGAGAUAUUGAUGAAUGCAGCACUGGGACCCAUAACUGCUCUCUGGCUGAGAAGUGCUACAACAUCCAAGGAGGAUACCGCUGCCUUUCUUUGAGCUGUCCUCCAAACUACCGCAAAGUGACAGACACGCGCUGUGAGCGGAUCAGCUGUUCCAACCACCUGGAAUGUCAGAACUCUCCUCUGAGAAUCACCUACUACUACCUCAGCUUCCCAUCCAACAUCGUCAUCCCCGCUCAGAUCUUCCGCAUCGGUCCCGCUUCUGCGUACUCUGGUGACAAUGUUAUUGUGACUGUCACACAGGGGAACGAGGGAAACUUCUUCAGCACCAGGAAACUGAAUGCCUACACAGGUGCUGUGUUCUUACAGCGACAGGUGCAGGGCCCAAGGGAUUUUCUAAUCACCGUGGAGAUGAAACUUUGGAGGCAGGGGAAAUUUACCACCUUCCAAGCCAAGAUCUAUGUUUUCAUCACGGGAAAUUUACUGUAAUCGCUGCUAUUACUGGGAUCAGAAUGGAACCUAAUACAGUGUAUUAUUCAGGUCUUUGUUGAGAAGAGUUUGACCUGAUUGGAAAUGUUGCAAGAAAAAUAGAAUUUUUAAAAGAUUAUAUAUCCUGUUUUUGUUAUCUAAUCAUUCCUCUGAGAUUUUUUUUUGUAUUCUGUCAGAUGACAUACAUAUAUGUAUCUGAUCAUAUAUAUAUAUA